AUGGCUCGUACCAAGCAAACUGCCCGCAAAUCGACCGGUGGAAAGGCUCCUCGCAAGCAACUGGCAACUAAGGCCGCACGGAAAUCCGCUCCAGCCACUGGCGGAGUGAAGAAGCCCCAUCGUUACCGCCCUGGAACCGUCGCUCUCCGUGAGAUUCGUCGUUAUCAGAAGUCGACCGAGCUCCUCAUCAGAAAGCUGCCCUUCCAGCGUCUGGUCCGUGAGAUCGCUCAGGACUUCAAGACCGAUCUGCGUUUCCAAUCCUCGGCUGUUCUGGCUCUCCAAGAGGCCAGUGAAGCGUAUCUGGUUGGACUCUUCGAAGACACCAACCUGUGCGCCAUCCAUGCCAAACGAGUUACCAUCAUGCCCAAGGACAUCCAGCUGGCCAGAAGAAUCCGUGGUGAACGUGCCUAA